CAAAAGCAGCAGCCGCUGCCGCCACAACAGCAGCAGCAGCAGCAACGACAACUGCCACAAAGAGCGGCAACACUUCAGCAGCAGAGCAGCAAACGACGCAAGCAAGGCGGAGUAGGAGGUGGAGCUGGAGCUGGAGCCGGAACCGGUGGAAGCGGAAGCGGAACAGGAGGAGGUGCAGCAGGCCUGGGAGGAGCGAGCACAGGAUCAGGCCCACCAACUGUGCGGCGACAAGUGUCUUGGGGUCCGCCAAUCGUUGCCGAAACGGAUGUAGAUUUGGCCGCUGCCACAGCCAGUGGCACAGGCAGCAACAGCAACAGCAACAGCAAUGGGAGUCGCAAAACGGGGGGCAAGCAGAAUGGAUACCAUGGCGUCAAUAGACGCGCGACAACUACCAGGAACUGACGAACCGCAGAGGGGGAGCGAAUGCAAAAAAACAUGCCAGAAAAGAUGUAUAAAAGCAUAAAUAUUUAGGCGAAUGGAUGGCAAGACAACAAGGCAGAAUAAAUAAAGCACGGAGAGAGGGGGGAGCCAGGGGGGAGCUGAGCAGAUGAGGAGAUGAGGAUGAACCGAAAAAACAAAAGCAAUUUGUAUAAAUAAAAACAGACACAGACCCAGAACCAGAACCAGAGCCAGAAACAGAGACAGAAACCGAGACAAAGGCAAAACAAAUAAUACAAAUUGCAAGCGAAAGAAGUCCUUGAAGUCUCAUGUAUAAAGAAAACUGUCUGGCAAUUGACAUGAAUAUUUCUAAAAAAAAAAUCUACAAAAACUUAGCCAAACAAGCGAAAUCAACUAAAUGAAAACUUGAAAGUCAAUAAAUGUUGUCAAAAGUGGCUAAAAAUUUAAUUUAGAAAAGUAAUUAAAGACUUUGAAAAGGAUACUCUUGAAAGCAGUGAAAGACGAAACGAUUGCUUACUGCGAAUAAGUGAUAGACAGACGAAACGCAUUGAAGGGUCUCCAUAAAGUUUCAAGAGCCUUAGGAAUUCCAUUAAAAAUAUAAAAUUUAAUACUAAAGCGAAUUUUAUUCAUUCUUUUUUUUAUUUUUAAGCUACUUUCCGCCGUGUUUAGUGGAUAGAUUUAUUUGGAGCUAAAGUCAAUUUAAAGCAUUAAUACUUUAAGAUUUUCAAAACUCAAUCAAAGUGCUAAAAUGUUCUUUAAAGUAAGCUUGGUUGUUUGGUUCAUGAACUAAAGUAAUCUAAGGAUAAAAAUGGGUAACACUGAAGAUAAUAGCAAUUAUUGAGCUAUUUAAUUAGCCCCCGUUGUACUCGAAACUCAAAA